AUGCAGAUAGGUCACCUGCAGCAGCAGCAGCAGCAGCAGCAGCAGCAGCAGCAGCAGAUUAGCACAGCAGCAGCGGGAGGGACAACAGCAGAGCAGCAGCAGCAGCAAAGCAGCAGCCCAGCAGCAGAAGCCACCAAACAGCAGCACAGCCGCAGCAGCACACAGCAGCAGCAGCAGCAGCAGCAGCAGCAGCAGCAGCAGCAGCAGCAGCAGCAGCAGCAGCAGCAGCAGCAGAAGCAGCAGCAGCAGCAGCAGCAGCAGCAGCAGCAGCAGCAGCAGCAGCAGCAGCAGCAGCAGCAGCAGCAAGGACCUGGGGGUCCUUCGCUGCCGCCGUCCAGCAGCAGCGGCGCAGACCCCACAACUGCUGCCCCGCUGCUGUCCCGCUCCACCUGCAGCAGCAGCAGCAGCAGCAGCAGCAGCAGCAGCAGCAGCGGCGGCGGCGGCGGCAGCAGCAGGCAGGGCACGGGAGGCAGGUGGGGGGGCGCUGGGGAGACAAGAACGGCGGAAACCAAACAGAAACAGCAACAGCAGCAGCAGCAGCAGCAGAAUCACAGCAGCAGCAGCAGCAGCAGCAGCAGCAGCAGCAGCAGCAGCAGCAGCAGCAGCAGCAGCAGCAGCAACAGCAGCAGCAGCAGCAGCAGCAGCAGCAGCAGCAGCAGCAGCAGCAGCAGCAGCAGCAGCAGGUUUGUUUACGAGUUGGUGGACUGUGGCGUUGAGCCACCUGCGAGUCUCCACGCAGUCGAGGGCCCCAAUUAUAAUUUCGAAAGAACGAAAAAAAGACAAGGGCUUCGCCUGCAGCUUGCUGCAGUGACUGCAGCAGCAGCAGCAGCAGCAGCAGCAGCAGCAAUCAUAAUUCCAAAGAACGAAGGAAAGAAACGCGCUUCACCUGCAGUUUACUGCAGCCACAGCAGCAGCAGCAGCAGCAGCAGCGCGGCAGCGGCUCAACGUUUCAGCCAGCAGCAGCAACGGCGCAGCAGCAGCAGCAGCAGCAGCAGCAGCAGCAGCAGCAGCAGCAGCAGCAGGAGGGUGGGGACUGACGGCUCGAUGGUGACGCCGAGGUGGCCGAACCUGGCGUUGAGUGCUGCUGCUGCUGCUGCUGCUUUGCUGCUGCCAACAUCUGCUGCAGCAAAGAGACACUGGCGGUGCAAAUUCGAAAAGGAGACAGUGUCAUUAUCCACUGCAGCAAUUCGACGGAAGCCAGACACGCACAGCAGCUUCAACACCUCGCACCCUGCAGCAGCAGCAGCAGCAGCAGCAGCAGCUGCAGCAGCUGCAGUAGUAGCAGCAGCGGUCACAGCAGCUGCAGCAGUAGCAGCAGCUGUUGCUGCUGCAGCAGUAGCAGCAGUGGCAGUAGCAACAGUAGCAGCAGUCACAGCAGCUGCAGCAGUAGCAGCAGCAGCUGCUGCUGCAGCAGUAGCGGCAGUGGCAGAAGCAACAGUAGCAGCAGUCACAGCAGCAGCAGCAGUCACAGCAGCUGCAGCAGCAGCAGCAGCAUCAGCGGCAAUUCCACAGCAGCAGCGGCAGCAGCUGCAGCAACGCCGAAUCAGCAGCAGCAGCAGCAUGUCAGCAGCAGCAGCAGCAUGUCAGCUGCAGCAGCAGCAUGUCAGCUGCAGCAGCAGCAUGUCAGCAGCAGCAGCAGCAGGUCAGCUGCAGCAGCAGCAUGUCAGCAGCAGCAGCAGCAUGUCAGCAGCAGCAGCAGCAGGUCAGCUGCAGCAGCAGGUAAAGAAAGACAGGCGAAGCUGCUUAUCUUGA